GGGCACGUGUACAGGGUAUUAUAGUCACUGCUCCUGUCUUCAACCUGUAUGGUGGAGAGUAUAACCCCUACAACCCCUAACAGAGGACCCGUCACCCAGGAGUGGACACUGACAAAAGUAGAGUAUGAGCUGGAGAAGCAGGAACUAAAGAUAGUGCGACAUGAUAUUGGAGGUGUUACAGUGAGCAAUGGCGGUAGUGGCAGUUUCGCUGCCUCAGGGAGCAAUGUCCAGUCAACAGAGUUAACUGUUAACUCUGGAUUAGAAGUAGUAUACGGAGUGUCCAUGAAGAUGGUGGUGCCAGUUGUAUCUGAUGACGGCGUACCCUCUAUCUCUAACACACCAGACACCCUGUUAGCCGGGCAAUCCAACCAGAGUUACAGCAGUUACAAAGGUUCUUGGAACUGUAGAGCCGACCCAGGGCAGACAAAGACUUGCAGGGCUUACAUUAACGAGUUCAAGGUGACCACACCUUACAAACAAACCUGGCGAGAACCAGGACAAGAGAGUUACUCUGAAAGUACUGGGGUGCUGGUUCAGCAGCUGUGGGGACAACCCAUCCUCAUAAACUAGAUCUGGUGGCCAACCAAUAACCGUCUACAUAACACUGGGCUAUUCUAAAUCUAAAGAUUGGAUGCAGGGCGCAGGCCAUACAAAUUAGUUUAGUCUAAGUUUUUUCUUUGUUUUUUUUUCAAGAUACAUAUUGUAUUUGCAAUUA